GCCCGUCCUGUCGGUUUUUGAAAAGGCUUCGCGAGACGCUGAUGCACGCGCGGUCCCUGAGGUGUUAGCCACACUGCUAACGGUUUGCGACAAACGGAGACAAACUGGCCACAAUUACAGCAUUAUAAACAGGUAAAAAAAAAAGUGUAAGCUUGUUUGGGGGCUCCACUUUUAAUCAAUCAUGCUUGAUGGGGAGCGGUUCAUUGAGGCGCUGUCACGGUUGGGUUAUCCAAAUGCAUCUGCACUUAAAAGUUCAGAAUUUGAUUGGUUGUUUGAAGCUGCACCGGACAACCUGCAUCUUUUGCGUGUCUUUUGUCACCGUCUGAACCGCAAGAAUGCUCUCACACCAGAAGAAGUGCAAGCCUUUCUGGUGUUACGUGAAUCUGGAAAGCCCAUCUUGGAUGAAGCAACACUUGGUGAUCUCUUAAAAACAUGUGGAACUAGCGAUGCGGGUGGAUCGCUAUCCUCUCUUUGUGGAGAGGAGGAUGUUUCAGUGGAAGAUUUAGAGGCUGAACUCCAGGCCCUUCGGAAAGAGAAGCAGCUGAAGUUGCGAAGGCUAAAAAAGUUGCAGGUGUUGGCUGCCAGCCGGGGUGCUGACUCGUCUGCUUGUCUUGGGCUACUCCAGAAAGGUAGCAGCGCAAUGAAAGAUGCCAGCUCUGCUCUCGCCGUUGAAAAUGCAGCAACGAAUGCUGCCUUGGAAGGUCUUGUGAAGGAGACGCAGAAGCUUGCUGGUUUCUUAAAUACCGAGGUCUUUUCAGUAGAACAAAAUAAUGAAACCUCUGCACCUCCCACUACUCAGUCAGUGCUGGUCUCUCAGCUUCGUCUGGAACCCUACCUCCACCAAGAGGAACAAAACACCAAAGCUUUAGCCACCUACACCCAGCGUCAGUUCUUCCAGGGCAUCUCAGACUUGGUAGAGACCUCAACAGCCAAACGCUUCCAGCUGACCGAGCUGAGCAGCUGCAGUGAGAGUGAGGAAGAGGAUAAUGAGAAGCUUGUGGAGAGCAGGAGGAAGGAGAUGGCCCAGUUGCAGUGGGCUCACAUUGUAGCACAGCACCAGUUGCUAAAGGAGCAGGCAGAGGAGCAUGGAGAUCAAGCAUUGAGAAACUGGCUCACUGAGAAGCUCAGCAGCCAAACGCAGCCAAUGAGCUCUCUGCAAGCCUCCAGACGUGAACCUGCUCUGCACUCUGAACUGCUCUCUGUUCAGUCUGAUCUCAAUGUUCUGAUGCAAGAACCUGUCCGAUCUGCUCUGCGUGACAGUGCGCGCCUGCUGAACGUGCCUGUGGUGCGCGGUGACCUGGCGCUUCAAAUAGCCAGACAGAACUAUUACACAGCCAGGCAGACUGAGGUCAGGGACCAGCUCCUCAGACAGAAGGCAUCGUUUGAGGUGCUGCGGCUGGCGCAGGACACUGAGCUCAAGAGGGGGCAAAAGACUGUGACUCAACUCGACGAGGUCAUCAACAGGCUCGAGGGGGCAUCUCGGAGUGCAGCUCAGAGAGGGAACAUGAUGACCCAGCCUGAGCUGACCCAAUCACCCUGCCUAGGGCUCAACACAAAACUGCAGGUUAUCAGCUCUAAAGAUGUUGCUUUUAGCAGACUUUUGCACAUGCUGGAACUGGGUGAUCUCUCUCAGUGUAAGGAUCCUCUCCUGACAUAUGGGAGGUUGGAAGCUAAGGCAUCCAGCUUACAAAAAGAGCUUGCAUCUGUUCAGGAUGCUCUGGGACGGGCAGCUCAGGAGCAGGGCUACUGCAGUGUGCGGUUAGAGCGUGACCGUGACGCUCUGGAGCGCUCUACCUACUCAGAUAUUGUGCAGCCGCUCCUGAGGCCGCAGGUACGUGCUAUAGCCACACCUGCUCCGGAGCUCUGCCCUAACGCACAGGAAGUAUCUGUUGUUCUGAGUGAGCUGGAGGAAAAGCAGAAGACCCUGUACAAGCUUUUGCAGGACAUUGUAGGAGACUUGAGAACCAAAAGGGCUCGACUAGAGCAGAGUGCCAUCCUCAGACGAGAGAGAGAACUGUAUGUGUACUUUCAUCUGGACCCCACGCUGCUCAACAAGGUUGUUAAUGAAAUGGAGAGCAGAGCGGGUGUUAAGUAGACCGAGGAGCAGAAUGUACUUCUGACCACAAAGGAACAGAGCUCUGAAGCUGAAGCCACGAAAGAUGAGAUGCAGUUUUGACUGAGUGCUCAAGUUUGUCCUGUGCCUUUUCUGGAUUCUGGACUGCCUUUACUGCAGAGCUACUCAAAAUAUCAAUGACCUAUGACUGUAAUGUAAUACUUUUGCUUGUACAUCAAAGGUUGACACUUUUUUAACAACCUUGUUGAUAAAAUAUGUGCCUUUUCUAAAUGUGUGUUUGGUAUGGUUUGAGUUCUUGUUAUCUAUUAGCACUAGUUACUAUUAAAAUAUAUACUCUGAUUAAAAUUUCAA